AUGUCGUCUCGCCAUGACUACCGCCGACGCGACCGUAGUUGGGAGCGCGACGAUCGAGACAGAUACCGAGAAAGGGCCAGGGACAGGGACAGAGGUAGGUAUCGCGAUGCACCCGUACCUCGGAGAAGCAGGUCUAGAAGUCCGCCGCGCAGAGGAGACAGACCGAAAGACAGAGAUGUGAGAGACAGAGACAGACGCGGUCCAGACCGUAGAGAUCAUGGGCGCAACGACAGAAGUGAGCGAGACAGACGAGACGCCAAGGGAAGGGACGACAGAGACCAGCGAGAUGUCAAAGAUGUGCGCGAGGCUCGGCGAGAGUAUAUCCCAAAGGCUCGGGAAACAGAGCGGGAGGCUGCGCGGAAUAGAGAUAAGGACGCGAGACUCCCCCAUGAACAGGACGGGCCAUCCGAGGAGAAGCUUGCCGUAGGUGAACCUGACGCCAGAGACUCUCGGUCAGCCCCUCCGGGUUCAGAGGAAUCGCCAAACUCACAUUCACGAGAAGACUCAACGGUACCUCCAGAAGAGGGUGAAGAAGACGAAGUCAUGGAUGCAACGAAUGAUGACGACGUUGCCAUGAUGGCAAUGCUGGGGAUGAGUGGCUUUGGCUCUACCAAGGGUAAGCACGUAGAAGGCAACCAGGAAGGUAGUGUUCAAAUCAAGAAGAUGCGUACAUGGCGCCAAUACAUGAAUCGGCGCGGCGGCUUCAACAGGCCAUUGGACAAGAUCAAGUGA